AGCUUCUCAGCCAUAAUGCUGGGGUCACCCUACAACCACACAAUAGAAACUCCUGCCACUUUUGUCCUUGUGGGAAUCCCAGGUUUGCAGUCAUCACAUCUUUGGCUGGCUAUCUCACUCAGUGCCAUGUAUACCAUAGCCCUGUUAGGAAACACCCUCAUCAUGACCAUCAUUUGGAUGGAUUCCUCUCUGCAAGAGCCCAUGUACUGCUUCCUGUGUGUUCUGGCUGCUGUGGACAUUGUUAUGGCCUCCUCAGUGGUACCCAAGAUGGUGAGCAUCUUCUGUUCCAGAGACAGCUCCAUCAGCUUUCAUGGUUGUUUCACUCAGAUGUAUUUUGUUCAUUCAGCCACAGCUGUGGAGUCAGGGCUACUACUGGCCAUGGCUUUUGACCGCUAUGUAGCCAUCUGCAAACCCCUACACUACAAGAGAAUUCUUACACUUCAAGUGAUGCUGGCAUUGAAUGUGAUCAUCACCAUUAGAGCUGUCAUAUUCAUGACUCCAUUGAGUUGGAUGGUGAGCCAUCUGCCUUUCUGUGGCUCCAAUGUGGUCCUCCAUUCCUACUGUGAGCACAUAGCUGUGGCCAAGUUGGCAUGUGCUGACCCCUUGCCCAGCAGUCUCUACAGUCUCAUUGGUUCCUCCAUUAUUGUGGGUUCUGAUGUAGCCUUCAUUGCUGCCUCCUAUGUCCUGAUUCUCAGGGCAGUGUUUGGUCUUUCCUCAAAGAGUGCUCAGGUGAAAGCAUUAAGCACUUGUGGCUCUCAUGUAGCUGUUAUGGCACUGUACUACCUACCUGGGAUGGUAUCCAUCUAUAUAGCUUGGCAAGGGCAGGAUAUGGUGUCUUUGCACACCCAAGUUCUGUUAGCUGAUUUGUACUUGAUCAUCCCACCUACCUUCAAUCCCAUCAUCUAUGGCAUGAGGACAAAACAAAUGCGGGAGAGAACAUGGAGUUUGCUCAUGCGCUGCCUUUUUGAGCACUCUAAUGGGGGUUCAUAAACACAAAAUGUGUGUUCAAAGAUUGAUCAUUUAUACCACCUUCACAGAUGCCUUGAAACUGCAUUUGUUAGAGGUGCUAUAGGAUUUUAAAGAUGAGGCUAUAGGGGCCAGCAGGUGGUGUAGUGGUUACGGC